AAAAAAAGAAAAAAUUUUCGUCCUGAGUGAGAGGAGCUCAGACCGAGUCUCCGUCCUCUCUCCACCGAAGGAACUCGGAGCGAGAGGAAACUAAUGAACGAACCCGGGCGGCGCAAAGGUUUUCUCACGCGUGUGUGUCUCCUUUCCCUUUCUGCCGUGAGCGCUGUGUUGUUGUUUUCUUGUUUUGAGGCAGAGAGAUAGAUAGAGAGAGAGAAAGACUUUUUGUUUUUCCUUUCCACCGAGGAGAAGUCGCUGGGAUUGCGUCUCAUCUCGAACUUCCCAAGAUGAACUUCGAUCCGGUGCUCGUGAAACUUUACGUGUUGGUGGCCGCGCUCGUCCUCGGGCUCGUUUGUCACGCGGCGGAGCUUCCGGCGGCUCAGUGGUCCGGCGACGAACACCGGAACAGCAGCCUGCGACAACACCGACGGUGUGUGGAGAACGAGCAGUACCUCAAUCAGGGGCUCUGCUGCCUCAACUGCCAGGCCGGGACGUUUGUGCAGAAGGCCUGUGAACAUGACCAGGAACUAGGCACCUGUGUUUCCUGUGAGCACGGGCAGACGUACACGGAGCACUCCAACGGGAUGAACCGCUGUUUGCCGUGCACACACUGCCGCUUAGAUGAGAUUGUGACUACACCCUGCACCACAACUGCAGACACCAGGUGCCAGUGCAAACCAGGGACCUUCUGUGUUCCAGACCAGGCCUGUGAAGUGUGCAAGCGCUGUGCCAAGUGUAAAUCGGGCGAGGACGAGGUGAAGAAGUGCACCCCCUUUUCUAACACCGUGUGCGUAAAGCGACAACCCUUUCCAUCUACUGAGACCACGCCGGCUCUUCCUGCGCCGACCUCUGCUUCUCCCACGAGCAUCGUUAUUCCCGUGUGCAUUUCUAUCAUCGUCCUCGUCGUCAUCAUUGCACUGGCCGCGUGGUGGUUCGUCGCCAAGCGACACUCGUGUGAAAUGCCAUGUUCAAAGAGACUUUAUGACUCCAGUGAAAUCGUGAAGAUACCUAUUGAUGAAAGUGGCGCCACAGCGGAGGAGAGGCAGAAUAAUCAAAACGCCGGCCUGGAGGGCGAGGAGGCGCGUCCGGAGUCCAGGCCUCUGCUGCAGGAGACGCAGGAGACGCAGGCCGGCAUGACCAAGGCCUCCCCUCCCCUGGAGGACGAGGACCGGGGGCUCGGAGACAGUUUGCCCAACACCACUAGUUCAUCUCAAACCAGCCUGUCAGCCCUGCCCACAGCAGCUUCCUCUGGCAACACCCCCCAGCAGAGCCCCACCGCCUUCAGACAGCCGCCUGCAGACAUGGAUGAUCCUCUGAGGCAUCGCUUGCUCCCACUACAAGGCUCAGAAAAAUCCCUGAAGAAGAGCUUCGAUUUGUUCGACGAGUACCUGGACGUGCGGAUCCACAACAAGUUCUUCCGGAUGAUCGGCGUCAGCGACAACCACAUUCGGCUCGCGGAGAGCGGCGUCCCCGGCGACAAGGUGUAUGAACUGCUGAAGAACUGGAUGCAGCGGCAGGGACUCCGAGCCGACAUCAACGACCUGCUGGAGGCUUUGCUGAGCAUGGACCAGCGGCGCUCGGCCGAGAGCAUCGCCUCCGCCGCCCUGCAGAGGGGCUACUACAAGCACGCGGCGGACACACCCUGAAAGCAGCCGGCAGGGGGGGGGUGGAAACUGCAAAGUGAAGCAAAAGUACUUAGCACAAAGUAAAGCACAAAGACGCUGUCGGGGGACACUGUGUCUGAACAGGCUUACCUCUUUGUGGCUCAAGCGGCCACGUAUUCAAAAAAGCCAGUAGAAAAACACAAAAAGGGGAAAGAAACAUGAAGACGUCAACUUCCGCUGGCUCUGGAGAAACAACGUGCAGCCAAAUACUGAAAGCUUAGAAGUCUCUGGCCGUGUUUCACUCAUCUGGUCCUCUACCCAGAUCCCAAUACACUACCAGGAGACGAGGAUAUACACUGGUUUGUAGGAGUGGCAUUAGCGUUGCCACGGAUACUGUGCCCCCUUCGAUGCACUGACCUCUGGCACAUGUAGGAUUUAAAACAGCUAUUGUUUGUUGUUUUCUAGAUGUUAGGCUUCUCUGAUAUAUAAAUAUAUAUAUCAAUCAGGCCAUGAGUCCUUUUCUUGCCUGAUGAUAGGAAAAUAUUUGUUUUUUUUUUGUUUUUUUAAAAAGAAAUGCAUGUUACUAAUCAACAGACUCUCCAACGCCGUUUGAUAAUCUACAUUUAGAGUUCUUUUUUUUUUUUUUUUUUUUUAUUAAUAUUGAUUCCAUUAUGUUCCUGGAGCUCAGUGAUUCUAAAAAUGUCCGUCUUGUUCAGUGUUACGACUCUCACGACCCAGCAUCGAGGAAGGAAUCUCACCAGCUGUUUCUGUUGGGACAACUGUUCGUAGUUUGCGUAAAACGUUUCCGUAUUUUGUAACUUGGACAACUUCAAAGGUCAUUUUUUUUUUUUUUGUUUUUUUUAUUUAUUGACGUAUUUAUUUUAAUGAAUAAUAAUUAUCUCUCAUUAUUUAUACCUUUUUGCCAAAAACGACCCGGGUGGACUCACGCAUGGUAUUCGUGUUGUGAUGAUUUUUAGCCGCGGGUGCAAAAUGACUGAUUUCAGGCUUCUUUUUUUUUUUUUUUUUGUUUCUUCAAGUUUGUUAAACUGUUCCAGAGUUUAGUGGAGCACUCCGGGUCUGCACUGUCGCUGUGUGUCGGUGAUUAGUCAAGUGUCGAAAACGUCCGUGCUGCCUAACGCAUAUCGUGUCUUUUCAAAUUGGAUUCAGGCCGACUGACCAAACAGUCCUUCCACACAUGUCGGCGGUGACAUGGGGUGCAGGUACAGAUUGUUUUGUCUCGAUUAGACUCGAACAAGAUGAAGGAAACCUUUUCUGGAUUUAAAAAAAAAAAAACUCAAAAUUUAUUUCCCCAAUCCUCUUCCAUGUACAUAUAUAUAUAUAUAUAUAUAUACAGUAUAUAAGUCCAAACAGCCUCAGAGUGUAUGUGUAUAUGUAUAUAUGCAGCUACAUUAACAUACCCAAGUGAAUAUAGUGAGGUAUGAAGCUAUUGAGGAUAAAAAAAAAAACAUGAACAAGAGAAGAUGUCGAUGCCCGUUUUUCCUGCAGCCUCUUAUGUAUAAAGUUACAAAGUUAUAUAUUGUUGCUGAAGAGUGAUGCUACAGUGCUGGCACUGCCAUCUACUGACAGACAAUGAGAAUGCAGCCUGCAUCAGUUUCUAGUUUCCUCUGCAGCCGUCUCUCAUUCUCCCUAGAACUUUCUCAACACACUUUUCAACUGAGAGCGUUAAUUUCUUUUUUCCUUUUUUUUGAUUCCCACUUUUCUUCAUCUCUGCAGUAGCGUAGCAGCAUGUGUGGCAGAUUGUGUGUGUGUGCGUGUGUGUGUGUGUUUUUACAUAUUUCAUUGUGAGUCCUGAGCUAAGUUCAAUUAACUCCCUCCUUCUACGCGCGUAAUUAAGAGAACUCCGUGUUCAUCGUUGCCGUUAAAGCCAUUUUUUCCUCUUUCGUUAAUGUCUUCCUGUCAUGGAUUUCAGAUAUAAAUGAUGCAAGUAAAGCUGUUUUUAUGUCAAUUUCAAAUAAAUGUUUUGUACAGAUGUA